GAAGAGGAGGAGGAGGAAGAAGAGGCGGGGGGGAGGGGGACCCCAAGUGCCGCGCGGCCCGAGGCCCGGGGCUGGGCGAAGAACUGCGGGAGGGACCGCGGAGCGGGACGGGGGACGGGAGACCGGGCCAGACCCCGCGCCGCCAAGCUGGCUCAUCCGCUGGCCCCCGCGCCCGGCUCGCUGGCGGCGCCCCUGCCCCUGGCCCUGCCCCUGCCCCUGUGGAGGGGCGCGGGAGGCGGAGCGGGGGGAGCGGGCAGGAGGAUGGCCUCCGAGCUGGCCUUGAGCAACCCCGACCUGCCCAGCAGCCCCUUGGCCAUGGAGUAUGUUAAUGACUUCGAUCUCAUGAAGUUCGAGGUGAAGAAGGAGCCGGGCGAGAGCGAGCGCAUCAUCAGCCAGUGCGGCCGGCUCAUCGCCGGGGGCUCGCUCUCCUCCACGCCCAUGAGCACGCCCUGCAGCUCGGUGCCCCCCUCGCCCAGCUUCUCGGCGCCCAGCCCGGGCUCGGGCAGCGAGCAGAAAGCGCCGCUGGAGGACUACUACUGGAUGGGCAGUGGCUACCCGCAGCCGCUGCCCCCCGAGGCGCUGGCCUUCAGCCCCGAGGACGCGGUCGAGGCGCUCAUCAGCAGCGGCCACCAGCUCCCCGGCGCCUUCGAGGGCUACGCGCGGGGCCAGCCGCCGCCCGGGGCCGCGGCGGCCGGCGGGGCCGGGGACGAGCUGGGCUCGGCGGCCGCCGUGGUGUCGGCCGUCAUCGCGGCGGCGGCGGCGCACGGCGGGGGCCCCCACUACCCGGCCCCGCCGCCCCCGGCCCCGCCGCACCCGCCGCACCCCGGGGGCCUCCCGCACGGCCCGGCGGGGACGGGCUCCGGCGGCGGCGGCGGCGGCGGGGAGCGGGCCGGGCCUGCCCCCGCCCCCGCCCCGGCCCCCGGCGCCCACCCCGCCGCCCUGCACUUCGACGAGCGCUUCUCCGACGAGCAGCUGGUCACCAUGUCGGUGCGAGAGCUCAACCGGCAGCUGCGCGGGGUCAGCAAGGAGGAGGUCAUCCGCCUGAAGCAGAAGCGCCGGACCCUGAAGAACCGCGGCUACGCGCAGUCGUGUCGCUUCAAGCGGGUGCAGCAGCGGCACGUGCUCGAGGCGGAGAAGAGCCAACUGCUGCAGCAGGUGGAGCACCUCAAGCAGGAGAUUGCCCGGCUGCUCCGCGAGCGGGACGCCUACAAGGAGAAGUACGACAAGCUGGUGGGCAGCGGCUUCCGAGAAAACGGCUCGACUAGCGACAGCCCGUCCUCGCCGGAGUUUUUCAUGUAUCCAAGAGAAUCCUCAACAUCAGUGAUGUGAAAAUUCCUGUUGCCUGACAUCAAAAAGAAAACAAGAUGCUGGAAUGCUGAUGGCUUAUAAGACAACUUUCUGGCAUGAAGACAGCCACAAAGCACAAAACUAAACACAACAAAAACUCAGAAAAGAAGCAAGAAAAAAACGGGGUUUUCGUGGCAUCUACAAUACUUUAUUUUUCCUCUAGUUUUCUUUUCUAAAGAAAAACGAAACUAAAACAUUUAGAGAAAGAUUGAAAGAAAAAGUGUCCGGGUUCUCUUUAGGAGACAAUAGUCGAGCACGCUCUUUUACUCACGGGGAACUGAGACACCAUGAACCUCAAACUCCUCAAAACUGUGAAAGAAGAACGAAUGAAUGGAAUAACCUUUAACCUCUGACUGCACCCUGGGCGUUCUUAAGGACACAGAGUCCUUUUAUCUUACCCUCGAGUGUCUAGAGCAUGAUUUGCUACAUGCCUUUUAUUCUAAUUGUCAAUAUUUACUCAGCAGUGAAGGAAGGACCUCUAAACUCUACUUCUCAACCACUUCGACAUCACCGUUACACUUGCAGGCCAAAGCCAAGGACCCAUUAUUUUCUUUUCUGUCGUUGCCAAGCCCUGGCCAAUUUGGUCAGGUCAUCAAUGACCUCCCCAUCAACGAGCAAAGUCAUACUGUGUAACGUCUUCUCUCUAGCCAAUGAAGAAAUCUCAUGUUUCGUUUGCGGCCCGCUAAGCCAUUCAAGUCAUUGAAAAAGUCUCCCUGGACUUCUGAAAAUCACAAAGGAUGCCAUGCACUCCACCUGGGGUUCCACUUUGAACAGACUACAAUCAAGAGUGAUUAAAACAUACCUAACUAAGCGCCCCCACCCCCACCCCCAAAAA